UAAUCGUGACGCGGAGAUUUUCCUCGCUUGACUUUUUCGCGUAUGCAAACCGGUGGAACGAGAUGCUUGUCGGCACGCAACGGGAAAGCCGCGAUCGCGAGCACUCGUAACGAUGUUUCGGGAACGAUGAUGAUAUGAGGAGAGGUGCAGCGAAAGAGACUCUGAUAAAUAACGACUCCUCCACCGGUGGCUGUUUAGCGGCGCGUAUUUCCGGGACCCGGUCGAUAUAGCUUUAUCGGGAUAGCCGCGAUCCAGUCUGAGGGGUGUUGAAAGUGUCGGAGAGAAAAAAAAAGCAUGCAGCUACUUUCCAGCUUCAUGGGUCGGCACACGAAGCGAGGAGCCUCCUUGAAAAAAGGAAAGCGCGACUCCAUCGGAGGCGGGAGUUUCGUUGGUAAUUGGCCAUAUUCGACGGGGGGUCCGGUCAGACCCCUCAGCAGUACCGUUGGCGGCGGCGGUGCGGCGGGGGGCACCAACAUGACACCCGACGAUCCCGCGCCCGACGAAGAAUUCGCCCUCGCCGUCGCGCAAAAAGCACAGAGAGAUGCAGAGGCAAUUCGCACCGCCCUGUAUCUCGGAGUGGCACUCGCGAUCACCUGGAUAAUAGGAGCGGCGGGUCUGUCGCUGGCGUGGCUGGUUCUGGUCCUGGCACUGGCAACCACCAUCGUUAAAGCGAGAGUCUCCCGGCUUCUUCAGACGGAAUUGCAGCACGAACUGGCCAGGUUACGUAGAAGACGGGCCUUGUACAAAGAUGAGACCGCCGAGUGGCUCAGUCUGCUUCUCAACAAGUGGUGGAGAUUCAGCGCUGCCAGUAUAUUUUCCUUGGCGAAGGAACGACUGGAACCUCUUCUUAACGAAGCCAAACCCGGUAUACUCGGUCCAUUAGAAUUACGCGAACUCACUCUCGGCGAACAGACACCGUGUAUAACUCGCGUCAGAACACUCGAUUGCUGCAGCGAUGAUGAUGUUCCCAAUGGCCUCUUCGGCCAGACUAAAUUGUCCAUCGAAGCGGACCUACGGCUGGACUGCGAGCAAUUCCGCAUGCUCAUCACCACGCGGCUGUUUGGUAAAGGUGUGGGAAUGGACAUUGACCUGGCGGUGGAGAAGCUAUCGCUGUCCGGCACAAUCAUUGUUAACAUAACACUGAACGCGUCGGCGCCGUUUCCACAUGCGACCGGACUCAGCGUAAGUUUCCUGGAGAAGCCAGACGUCUGGUUCAGCGUAAGAAUCCUACGGGCGGUGCAGAUGAUGGAGAUGCCACUGAUCAAGACUUGGAUUCAUGCGGUGGUCACAGAUGCUCUGGCCAGCUGGCUGGUCGAUCCGGGCCAUUUGGAGCUGAACCUGAGGGCGCGAGAGCGACCGGGUCCUGGAUUGGAUUCCGUGACCAAUUUGUUGCCGCAAGGAGUGCUCACCGUUGUUCUAUGCCAAAAUGGUUGUUCUGCGAACGUUGCUGAUGAAGUGAGAUGGCUCGUGGUAACGGUGGGCGAUCAAAGACGAAUUACCUCGAACUUGAGCUCCACGUGGACCGAGGAUGUAUCUUUUUUGGUCGGGCCGUUAGACAACGAGAGGAUCACCAUCAAGUUGAAAGCAAAACGUCUCGUUAGUACGAUCACUCUGGCGCAAUUUGAGUUAGCAUUAGGAGUCUACGACUGGGAGAAUUCACAAAUCGUUGAAACAGUGCUGCAACAAAAGAAACCGUCUCGCAACAGCGCUAAUAUUCCAAAUAUCAAUGCGCGAUUAGAAUACACCACUCUGCCACAUCUGGAUCCCGAUUUACCACAACCAGAACUAAUGGCCGAAAAUAUGCAUCUUGCAGUGUCGCGAGACUCUUGCCACAAAGCGCACAAAGCAGGGGUAUUGGUGGUUUACAUUCAUUCAGCUGACAAUCUCCACGGCGAUAUUGCUCAGUGUAAUCCUUAUUGCAUGUUAUUUAAUAAUCGGAAGAAGGUAAAAACGACGCAUUACGUUCGCUCAACUACAUCUCCAGUUUGGGAUUGUAGAGCCCAAUUUUUAGUACAGGAUUACACGCAAGUGUCGCUGAGCUUCGUCAUUUAUUCAUGGAAUAUAGUAAAAUCGAUGGAUACGGACAUGCUUGGAUUGGCUAUGCUAUCUCUGUCUCAGGACACGACGUGGAUCGUUAGAAAAGAAUUCACGCUCAGCGGUUCCAACGUCGCCUCCACCAUGACGGUCUCCGUACUGUUUUAUCCUAUCAAAAGUGUACAGCAAGUAGUUAACAGUCGUAGAAGCAGCUUGGUUCCAACUACGUUGGAUGACGAACCGAAAAUCAAACGAAACAAUUUGCCAUGGAUGCAACAGGCAAAGCUGUUAUUAACGCACAAGGACGCCGAUCCCGCUUCCUCCGAUAUAUCCAGUCUUUUGUCCACUGGAAGCGGUUUGAUGGAGGUGACGUUGUUGCGCGCGAGAGAUCUCGUCGCGAAGGAUCUGAAUGGCUUCAGUGAUCCCUUCUGCGAAUUAAAACUAAACAACGAAACAAAAUAUAAAAGCAGCAUAAAGAAGAAGACGCUGAAUCCUUGCUGGGAUGAGAGUUCCAUCAUGGGUUUACCGAAGACCGGAGAAGCUUUAGAUAUCGUAUUAUGGGAUCAUGAUACUUUCGGCAUGAAGGAUUACCUUGGGAAAGUAUCACUGACUCUCGACGAUAUCAGAAAGCUAUCAAACAGCGAUCAGUCCCAUUGGUUUUCACUCAGAGAAACCAAAACGGGAUCUAUAGAGCUGAAAAUUAAAAUCCUAUCGGAAGAAUGUGAGACGCAAAGCACGUACGCAACCAGCAAUAUCAGCGACAAUUCUUCACGUUUGAACACCGAACCUGAUUCCUUAUCGAGUAUUGUGCGAAGGCCUUCUAUGGAAAGAUCUAAAAUACGUCUACAUUUGGAUCCGGUUGUACCUCCACCGCCUCCACCACGCACCGUCACUCUCCUGAAGCCAACCACAUCCAACCAGUCUGAUAAAAUUAGCAUCACCAGUAAAGAGUCUAACGAAAUAAACGGAACAUCGAGCUUUUGGAUUCCAAAAGUCAUUACAGAAUCAGUCGCGGGUAAUUCCGUCGAUGAGGCUGACACCGCCAAAGUGAUCGCAGAAAGGCGAUCUUCCCAUCACAGCUUGACACCCAGCCCUGAACAGAACUUUGGCAAGAAGUUACCGCAGUACAACAGUUUCCGUAUGAUGAAGCAGAAGGUGAAGAGGGGUUUAAAACUUCGUAGAUUUCGUUCGGAAGUAACUAUAGAGGAUAAAACCGAUAAUAAGGGCAUCACUCUGAGCUUGGAACCCAGAGGCGGCGGAGAGGCUGACGCCACGGAGCUCUUGUCGGAAUCCGGUCUUGCACACGCGGUAUCGCAACCUGACAUGUUAGGCAGGAUAAGGCAGCCCAGUCCACGGUUAAGAUUGAGGCCGAACGAUUUGAAAAUUGUCAACGGUACUAGAGAAAAGUAUUCCGGAGUGGAAGGGAAGGUUCUUCAAGCGCAGGGUCUCCAUGUAGCACACAUUGCCCAAUUAUACUGCCGAGUAAAACUUCAAACAUGUACCAGUCCGGAUAAGAUCGUCUCACCUAACAGCGGUAAAACUAUCGCGAAAUCGCGACUUCUGCCAGCUAUGCCUAAUCCUCAAUUUAGCAUAGAUUUCCAUAUAGACGGUGACGGUGUACCGAGGCAGUCGUUACUAUUAUUCGAGAUUAGGAGCGCUAGUAAGGAGUUGUUGGCCAGUCGACGUAUAACUCUACAUGAAUUACUAGGUGCAUCUGCAGCUACUGAUGAGAUUCAUACGUGGUUGGCAUUGAAUAACGGUGCCUCGUUGGAAGUACAAAUCGCUCAUGGCAGAGAGCUUAAGAAUAAAUCGGCAAAAAAGUUGUUUCGCUCUUGGUCGGUUCAUCGAAUAGGGAAAAUAUGAGAUUUAAAGAAAAUUAGAUGCUGCAAUUGUGUACAUCUAUUUAACACGCAUAAAACCACAAGAUCUCUUACGCAUUUCUCGGAGUGAAGGAGUCCAAGUUCGAGAAAGUAAAAUCCGUCAGCAUUCAUCGCAUUAAUAAAAAAUGGAUAUAAAAAAAGAAUUUUAAUAAAUAUUCUUUUUAUCUAUUUUCUUUAUUAAAGCAAGGAAUAUUUUUGCAAGCCGAUUAUCUUUUACAAUCUUUUUAUAAACUGUAUAGAAGAAUUCUUAAUAUCAUGUCC